GGGCGCUGCCUGCCCGGUGCGCGGUGCGCGGAUCGCGGUGCGCGGAUCCCGGUGCGCGGCCCGCCAUGAACAGCAUCAAGAGCGUCCCGGCGCGGGUGCUGAACCGCCGCGGCGGGCACAGCCUGGAGGCGGAGCGGGAGCAGUUCGACAAGAACCAGGCCAUCAGCAUCAGCAAAGCCAUAAAUACCCAAGAAGCUCCAGUGAAGGAGAAACAUGCCCGUCGGAUCAUCCUGGGGACUCAUCAUGAGAAAGGAGCCUUCACCUUCUGGUCCUAUGCCAUCGGGUUGCCCCUGCCCAGCAGUGCAAUCCUCAGCUGGAAGUUCUGCCAUGUCCUGCACAAGGUCCUACGUGAUGGCCACCCCAACGUCCUCCAGGACUGCCAGAGGUACCGCAGCAACAUCCGAGAGAUGGGGGACCUGUGGGGCCAUUUGCAUGACAGGUAUGGGCAGCUGGUGAACAUCUACACACGGCUCCUCCUCACCAAGAUCUCCUUCCACAUCAAGCAUCCUGAGUUCCCCGCGGGCCUUGAAGUGUCGGAUGAGGUGCUGGAAAAGACAGCAGGGACAGAUGUGAACAACAUCUUCCAGCUGACUGUUGAGCUGUUUGACUACCUGGACUGCGAGCUGAAGCUGUCAGAGUCAGUUUUCAGGCAGCUCAACACCUCCAUGGCCGUCUCACAGAUGUCAGCCGUGCAGUGCCGCCUGGCCCCCCUCAUCCAGGUCAUCCAGGACUGCAGCCACCUCUACCACUACUCUGUCAAGUUGAUGUUCAAGCUCCACUCCUGUCUGCCAGCUGACACACUGCAGGGACACCGAGACCGUUUCCACGAGCAGUUCCGCAGCCUCAAAAACUUCUUUAAAAAAGCAUCUGACAUGCUGUAUUUCAAGCGGCUCAUCCAGAUCCCCCGGCUGCCAGAGAGCCCCCCGAAUUUCUUGCGGGCAUCUGCGCUGGCCGAGCACGUGAAGCCUGUGGUGGUCAUCCCUGAGGAAGCCCCUGAGGAUGAGGAGCCAGAGAACCUCAUUGAGAUCAGCACAGCUUCCACCAUGGAGCCACAGAUCACCUCAGAUAUAUUUGACCAAACCUUUGGGCCACCCAAUGGCAUUCGGGAUGACAGGGAUGCACAGAUCGAGAGCCUGAAGAGGGAGGUGGACAUGCUCCGGGCAGAGAUGGAGAAGAUCAAACUGGAGGCCCAGCGCUACAUCACCCAGCUGAAGGCACAGGUGAACAGCCUGGAGGGGGAAGUGGAGGAGCAGAGGAAGCAGAAGCAGAAGGCACUGGUGGACAACGAGCAACUACGGGAUGAGCUGGAGAGGCUGCAGAGGGUGAAGCAGGACAGUGACAGGUCCCAGAGGCUCUGUGCUGAAGCAGAAAAGAAAGCCAACGCCACUGAGAUCCGCUACACGAAGCUGAAGGAGAAGCACAGUGAGCUGAUCAACACACACGCUGAGCUCCUGAGGAAGAAUGCUGACACUGCCAAGCAGCUGACGGUCACACAGCAGAGCCAGGAGGAGGUGGCACGUGUCAAGGAGCAGUUGGCCUUCCAGGUGGAGCAGGUCAAGCGAGAGGCUGAGAUGAAGCUGGAGGACCAGAGUGUGCAGCUGGAGCAGAUGAGGCAGGAGCUGGACACCCGUCGGGAGGAGCUGGACCAGGCACAGCGCUCGCUCAGCCACGCCAAGCAGGCAGGUGUGGAGCUCAGUGCCCAGGUGGAGGCCCUGCACGCUGAGAAGGAGGUGCUGAGGAGGUCAGUGAGUGAGAAGGAGUGUGAGCUGCUCUCUGCCCGGGGCCUCGUCGAGGAGAAGGAGCUGCAACUGAGCCAGGAGGCUGACAAAGCCAUGAGGGAGAUCCGGGAGCUGCAGGGCAGGCUCCUGGAAAAGAGCAACCAGGAGCAGAACCUCCAGCAGAAGCUGUUGGAUGAGCAGUUCAGCAUCCUGCAGGAGGCAGUUCGGGAAGCAGAGGACAUCCUCCGGGAUGCUGUGGCCAAGCUGGAUGAUCCACUGCAUGUCCGCUGCACCAGCUCCCCAGAUUACCUGCUCAGCCGGGCUCAGGCAGCUCUGGAGUCCACGGACACCCUGGAGAGCGGGCACGCGCAGUACGUGGCCUCCAUGGCAGAUGCUGCAGGGCUGGUGGGGGCUCUGGCUCUCUUCUCACACCUGACAGCUGACACCAUCCUCAACGGCGGCGCCACGUCCCACCUGGCUCCCACCGACCCCGCUGACCGGCUGAUGGAAACGUGCCGGGAUUGCGGGCAGCAGAGCUUGGACUACCUGGGGAAGCUGAAGGACAAGCAGAGUGUGGGACACGCGGAGCUGAGGGACGUGAGGCGGGCACUGCAGGGGGUCCUGCAGCUGGCCCAGGAACUGAGGCCCAAAAGCCUCGACAUCAAGCAAGAAGAGCUUGGGGACAUGGUUGAGAAGGAGAUGGCCUCCACCUCCAAGGCAAUUGAGGAUGCUGUCAGGAGGAUAGAGGAGAUGAUGAGCCAGGCCAGGAGUGAGAGCUCUGGUGUUAAGCUUGAAGUUAACGAGCGGAUUCUGAACUCCUGCACGGAUCUCAUGAAGGCUAUUAGACUUCUUGUAACAACAUCUACAAACCUACAGAAGGAGAUAGUAGAAAGUGGCCGGGGGGCAGCAACAACUCAGGAGUUUUAUGCCAAGAACUCACGCUGGACUGAAGGGCUGAUCUCUGCCUCCAAGGCCGUGGGCUGGGGAGCCACGCAGCUGGUGGAGUCAGCAGACAGAGUUGUCCUGCACAUGGGCAAAUAUGAAGAGCUGAUUGUCUGCUCCCAUGAGAUUGCUGCCAGCACAGCCCAGCUGGUGGCUGCCUCCAAGGUGAAAGCUGAGAAGAGCAGCAGGAACCUGAGCCGGCUCCAGGAGUGCUCACGGAAUGUCAACGAGAUGGCAGCCAACGUGGUGGCUUCCACCAAGUCUGGGCAAGAACAGAUUGAGGAGAAAGACACCAUGGACUUUUCGGGCAUGUCCCUCAUCAAGCUGAAGAAAGAGGAGAUGGAAACACAGGUGAAGGUGCUGGAGCUGGAGAAGCGUCUGGAGGGCGAGCGGGUGCGUCUGGGGGAGCUGAGGAAGCAGCACUACGGCCUGGCCGGGGCCUGCGACAUGGCGGAGGACGGGGAGGCCAAGCCGGCGGCAGCCCCCAGGAGAAGCAUCCUCAAGAAGCCCCCCCUGGCCCAGAAGCCCGGCCAAGGGGAGGUAGGAUCCCCAAGAGGGGUACAUGGCGGCUUGAUCGAGGCGCCAGCCCGCACCUGCCUCCCGGGGCCAUCUUGUAGAGGUGGCGUUGCCUUCGCGCUGCUGUGCCUUCCCGCACAGGGGUCUCCUCACUGCAAAAACUGGAUGUUUGUUGUGGUUUUUUUAAUAUUUGUUUUUUUCUUUCUUUUUUUUUUUUUUUUUUUUUUCUUCACUUGAUUCCUAUCCACAGGGCUGGGAGGGCUCCUGCUGGCUCCCCUUCUCCUCCUGCCCUGCCAGCUGCCUCUCCCCAAUUUAAUUUAAUUUGAGGGGUUCAUUCGGGUUAAUUUUUUUUUUUUAUUCAACUUUAUCAGCACUAGAAGUUUUCAGUAAAUGUAGCUCUCUACUGUACUGCUUAGACCCUUUCAAAGAACUGUGAAACAUUUUUUUAAAAUAGGAAAAUGUUGGGCUUUCCUUGCAGCCUUUUUUUAAAUUCCCCUUUUUCAGCCUGAGGAAUAAUUUGAUUUUUUUCUUUUUUUUUUUCCAACAAGGGACAAGCCCUCAGCAGCAAGGGACACGUUAGCCUUAGCCAGCCCAAGGAGCAGAACUUUUGUAAGGGAAAAAGCAGUUACCAGCACACACUGGCAAUAAGGACACAAACAACUGGGUUUGUUUUGGGUUUUUUUUCGUUUGUUCGUAUUUUGAUUUUUCCUUUUCUAUUUUUUAUUACUACAGCAAUGCCAAGGGAUCUGUUGCAUUCUGUUUUAUAUUUAAGAUAAUUAGCAGAAUUAAAUCUAACCGUGGCCUAGGGGAGCCAGGGCACAGGGAAUUCUGCAGCAAUAAGGAAUUACUGAUGUGGAGAGACAGGGGGGGGGAGAAGAGAAGGGAAAAAAAAAAAAAUAAACCAAUCCUGUCAGCUGUUUCUUCCCUUGGAGCUGCUACCAUGAUGUAGAUGAUUAAAGAAGCAAUAUUUAAAA